CACGUGUUAACUGGUCGAGCGAAGGCUAGGCGUGCGCGACCUAUAGCUCGGAGAGGAGAGGGAUAAAGACGUUUUGCAGCCUCAGGGCGACCAUCAGCUGCUUCAGAGGUACUCCUCCAGCCCACUACCAUCUCUACUACAGCCUCGUACCCAACACGCAGGGCCCGAGCGACUCCCCGGCCCCCUAGAACGUUUGGGGGUGGCCGAUUCUGGGGUGUGUGUAGCUUCUCGCAUGCGUUUUGUUGUGAAGCUCGAGAGGCCCCGCCCCCCGACCUCCCAGGACCAUGGCUCAGUCCCUGAGCACUAUGGAGAGCAUCAUCAAGGGAUCGUACAGCCUCCAGGUGGCUGUUAGGUCCACACCUGAUGCCGAGUCCCUCUGCAGGAAGAACCGGCUGACCUUUUGUGAACUGUUGGAGCCGUUUUCCCAACUGGGAUCUCCUGUUCAGACCAAAGACCUGCAGGGCCAUCCUUACACUCUCAAGAACGUUCACGUGAGGUUCUCGGACCCCCAAUUGGAGCCCACCCCGGCCGCAGAGUUGCAGCGACUGCUGAGCGACGCAGUGAAGGAGGGAGGAUGGGAGGGAAAACAGCCACUCAUCCGCUACGGCAAUAUCACCACUAACGCCACCACUCCGUGGUAUGAUGGAUAUAGGAACAUCUUUCUUGGGAAACUCAGACCAGAAGACAGAGAGCCAAUACGCCACUAUGUAUCAGUGUUACUGGUGGUGUCAAGUCAGGAGGCAGAUGUGAUGGAGGCGUUUGCAGAGCUGUACUCGACCCAGAAGGAGUCCGAGCAGACGCGAAGUUCAAACUGGCUCACACCGCACAUGUUCUACUACCACAUCCUCCUCCACGACACUGUCAACAGACAGACUGCUGGGGUUGAGGACAAGCUGUCCAAGCUCCAGGCCACGUACGGAGCGGGCAGCUGCUGCCUGUUGAAGAUAAACUCUCGCUGGCCGGGGUCCGUCGUCCUGGGAGACAACCCUUGGAGCCGCGUGGCCCGCCACUACACCUCGCACAACUCCAACGGAGAGGACGAGACCGAUGGUCUCUCUUCAAAGCUAAGGUUCUCCAUCACCGGCAAGCAGCGGAGACACAAAAAGUCUCUGAAAAUCUCGCCCAAGAAUCCCACGCCUCCCAACCACUCCCCUGCUCCCGUGACGUCCUCCCCAUCCUCCUCCCUCUCCUCCUCCACUUCCACUGCCCACGCCACCCCUCCCCUCCUCCCCACGACCUCCAUCUCACCCCCUCCCUCCAUCUCCUCCAAUUCCUCCCUCCCCGUCCUCCCCACUGACACACACCCCCUUCUCGAGGACGCCCCUGCCAAUAAUGAGACAAUUGCUCCCGCCACCAUCACACCCAAUGUCAGAGAAGAAGCGAAACUGGUUCAGAGUAGCUCUGAGGAUUCCAUCACAGAGAUGAAUGAGAACAAAGACAAGAGGGGUGAAGGAGAGGAGAGGGAAGGGGAGGAGAGAGGGGGAGAGAGGAGGGAGGGAGGAAGAACGGCUCCGGAUGAUGUGGGGCAGUUUCUGUCUGCAGAGGACGAGACGAGAAUGAGAAAUUUCGUGACAGAGUUUGUUGCGCAACGACUGGUUCCUCACCUGGAGGCAGUUUUGAAGAACCUUAAUGAAUGGUUGAUCAGCAGACGCUCAGUACGUCGGAGUAUCAGCACCAUGAGUAAGAGGUUCUUCGGGAUGUUGGGGGGACAGCUCAACAAUGCUGCUAUUGAUGAACCAAGCUACACGUCCAGCUCUCAGGAGUUCCAGACGCGGCAAUUUGCGGACCUGCUGUUCCUGCUGCAGAGCUACGACCUGGCGUUUGCCAACUACUGCACUGUCAGGAAGGACUUCCAGAGCUCCUCCGCCUGGAUGCACUACGCCAAAACAGUGGAGAUGUGUGCAGUGACCGCCUACAUGCUGUCCUCCACCAGGCGAGACAUCGUCCCGUUCUUUGAAGAAGCAAUAAGCAUGUUUGCCACCUCGUGCAAAUCUCCGGUGAGUGCCCUGAGGUGCUCCAUGCUCCAGUGUGAGGUCCUCAAGGAGAGGGGCUUGUACAGACCACUCACUCAAAUCUGCAUCAAGAUGACAUCGGAAGAGUCAGACCUCCACAGUGCCGUGUGUCUGGAGCAGGCUGCCCACUCAUUUCUCCGCGUCCAUCCUCCCAUGGCCCGCAAGUAUGCCCUCCACCUCAUUCUGGCCGGCCACCGUUUCGCCAAGUCGAGCCAGCGGGUGACACGUGCCCGCGUCUACACGCAGGCUUUGGAACUGUACAGAGGCAAAGGAUGGGCCCUUGCCGAGGACUAUGCCCAUUUCAGUCUGGCCAGACAUUGCUUCGCUCUCCAUAGACUGCGAGAUGCUCGCCUCGCCUUCGAACAUCUCCUUGGUCACGACAGCAUCCAGUCUCCCAGCAACCAGCUACUCAACCUCAGAGAGUACAUAUACGUACACAAGUUGCUGUUGAGUGACACGGACUACUGCGCCGGACAGCAGGUUAACUUGGGCCCCGAGUCGACCUCUUUGACCUCUGCGGACAGGGUCCAGAGCGUCCCCCUCCUCCCCAUCCCCUUCGUCAAAAACUCGUUGACGAGAGUCAUAUUCCAGACUGGCAUCAGCUCGGAGCGGCUUCGCAAGCUGACUGAAAACAGUGUCGUGGAGGUGGCGAGACCGAUAGGCGGAGCCAGGAUGAGGCAAAUUCUUCAACAACUCACAGAGUCAAACACCAUCACCAGUUGUCGCAAUCUCAAGCCAAUAAUGAUAGGGGCAAGGGAUUUUAACCCCCAGACGGUGAAGGGGAGCACGGAGGAAUGGAGGGGUCUGGAGGAGGUAGCGGCCAGGGGGCCACAGGGGACCCCGCACGAGAAUUUCAAACCUUCGGUGGUCAUUAUGGACGAGAGCACCGACAAUUCCCGCGUGCCUCACUGCGUGGUGAACGAGAGUGUGAGUGUUGGAGUGGUGCUGAGGAACCCGCUGAAGGUUCCCCUUGUGUUGAGAAACGUGGCCCUUACCUGGAGCCACACACCCCUCUCUGCCGUCUCUGGCGGAGGGGAGGGGAGGUGGGGGGAGGAGAGAGGGUGAGGGUUGAGGUGCUAGAGAAGGUAGUGCUGCAGCCACUGGCCCACAAGAUGGUGGUGUUGAGACUGACUCCAUUGUGUGCGGGAGAAAUCGACGUUCUCGGAAUAAUCUGCCACCUCUGCGUGGACCAGCCCCUCCCCUCCUCCUCCUCCUCACUGGGGGGGAGGGGCUCCGAGUCGCCCAGCCUGCCCGGUCGAACCAGUCUGCCGAGUCUGAGCGUCUCCGGUCUGGACGGCCUGUUCCAGAGACAACAGAACCUCCGAGUCCAGCAGAGUUUAGCCGAAGGAGUCCAGGUCUGUUACCUAUCAUCCGUGUGGACUAACUUCCAUUUUUGCCUAAAGCCCAACAUAUGUGCACGGCGCAACUUUGCACGCAUCUUUUAUCUUUGUAUACUGUAUGUUUUGUCUAUUACCAUGCAACCUGUCUCGUGCAGCAAGACUUUCUCAACAUACACGGCGCAACUUUAUCUCGUGUGACAUGUUGCGUGAGAUGUACUAAGUUGCACUGUUGGGAUCUAUACUAUGUAUAUAAUACAUGUACGUACAGAUCUUCUAACAAAGACACUUUGUACACAAGUGUAUACGUACGUCUUCAUCUAGCACUAGCAGGGAAAAAAGAAGAAAAAGAAAUAAAUUGUGGUUUGUAUGGAAGGUUAGUGUUCGGUGUCCCACAGGGAAGGGUGGAGUUCAGUGUGCAAGGCCCGAGACUCAACAGAACCAAGGAGCAUAAGACUGGGGUGGUGUAUGGUGCAGAUCAUAGGCUCCACUGGAGGAUCACCACACCCAUGCCCAGGGCCCUGGUGUGUGUGAGUGGUGUGCCUGGGGAGUGUCUCGGUGGGGGGGUGACGAGAGUGAAGGUGGAGGUGGUGAACUGUGGAGGCGUGCCACUCAAUAGCCUCAGACUCACCUCCUCUCUGGGCCGCCGACUUCUCCUGGACAAUGUGAGUCACCCUUGGAUAUGUAAUGUACAUUGAACCAGAUUUUGUGUUUGAAAUCGUGUGUAGUUCAUGUUCUGAAUGCCUUCAGUGUGUUUUCCUGCACACGUGUGAAAUGGAGUGCACGUCUUCAAAGAAACUUCACUCCGAUUGAGUAG